CUCCUCACUGUCCUGCUGCAUCUACACACCGCAUAUAUCCUCUACUGCUUGACGGUACACUGGCCCCCAAACCUGUUUACUUCACUGAGGCUGCCGCUGACGACGCCCACGGAACGCAUACGUAGUAUUUUGCUGGAGCGCGCCGGUCUCAAGUCAGAUGAGGGACUGCCGCGGCCGCUAGACGAGCUGUUAGCGAGGCUGGGGAGUGCAGAAAUACGAACAGCAUAUGUCAGGUGCACAAUGGAGCACUACGCGCUGUUCAUCGUCCCCGGGGUGCUUCUGCAGUACAUCCGCGAGGCACUCGUCCUCGGCUUGCUCACGGUCGAGAACAGCGGACGUACACGCCUGCGCACGACGGGCAUCCUCGUGCUCGUCAUCGCCGCGUUCGCAGAGGCAUGGACCGUGGCCACGGUGCAGAUAAGCAUGCCUCAGGACAACAAGCCUGUUACCAUGUGGCACGACGUACUCUACGUCGCAAGACACAUCCUCUUCCUCGUGCUCUCCAUCCUCCUCUACGCUCUCCCUGCAACGCUAGUGCCUCCGCCCCUCUCGCCCCUCUUGAUGGAGAUGCGUGCGAAUGUAGACUCGCUCGCCCGCCGCGUGACGCUGCUCAAAUACCUCGGGCCUGCGAUCCUUCGUGACGAGAACCUCCGAGAGGCCUCUGCGAACUGGUGGACGAAACAGAAAACGGUGGGGAAGUGGGUCAGAGAAGACGAGGGCGUGUGGAGG